UGUUGUUGCUGCUACUAUUAAUGCGUGUUUAUCUCGAUGUCUUCAACGGAGGAAGAAGUCGAAUUUGACAUCGAAUAUAUUGCUACGGAGGUCCAGCCUUACAUGUUUGAACCGCUAGCUAGUAGCAAUAAUGUUGAAACUGACGAAGAUCUGUCUUCGUCGUCGUCAACGGACAGCUCAUCUGACGAAUAUACUCACAGGAUUGGAAAUACAAACUGGUGUGAGUGUGGACACUGUGUGGCGAUGACAACCGGCCGGGAAAGCAUUUGUUGCCAUGAGGAACCGAAGACAGACCCUAAAAUUCAUGGUGACCAUUUAUGCAUCACAGAAGAACAAGAGUUUCACAUGGUCUGCAUCAACGAAACAGUCGUUAGAACAGCUAUGGUUGUAUUCGUUCACGAUCACGGGGCAAUACCAGACGCUCCAGAAACCGAAACUUUGCGUUACACUGCCUAUAGGCAAUGGACAGCAUGGAUACAUGGAAAGCUUGGCAAGAAAUAUCGACUUCCUAUACCAUCCUGUGCUGUUAAAGAAAUAAGGAAAGCAUUUCCUUCACCUUCUGGCAUAUAUAAAGGCUUUGAAUAUGCACAGCAUUUAUAAAUACCUCUUGCAUUGCCUUGUAAAAGAAAUGUGUAUGCUUUGGUGCAUAUAGUAUAACAACUCGAUGAAAACCUUCAAGAGCUGAUGUUUGUUUCUCAUGGCUGAGCUUCCCAAUAUCUUUCAUGAGAUACCUGCUUUCAACAAUCGAUGCCAAUUCAGUAAAUGCUCUAGAUCCUUGGAAAAAAA